UGCUUCGCAGAAGAGACGAGCGGAGCCAACCCCCGCAAGAUGAGCUCCGAGAAAACAGGCUUACCGGACUCUGGGCCCCACACCUCCCCCCCUCCCUACAAUGCCCCACUGCAGCCACCCCCUCCCCCACCCGAUGCCCCCAAUAAUGCCCCCCUCAUCCCCGGCUACAGUGACCCACCGCACCUGCCCCACCACUCUGCCACCCUGCCACGCCUGCCCCCCGACCCCUACAUGCAGGAGACCCAGUUCAAUGCCCCCCCCCAGGGGUACAUGGUCCAGACGCACCCGCCCAUGGGGACCCUGCCCAUCGGGGGGUACAUGCACCCCGGCUACCCUGUGCAGCUGCAGCCCUGCACAGCCUACGUCCCUGUGUACCCCGUAGGCACACCGUACCCCUCCGGCAACUCUCCCCCAGGGGUCUCCCCCCCGCAGAUGCCCCCAGGAAUCGCCAUCCUGGAGCCGCGCCGGCCACCCCAUGACUACCUGCCCAUUGCAGUGCUCACCACCAUCUGCUGCUUCUGGCCCACGGGCAUCAUCGCCAUCAUCAAAGCCGUGCAGGUGCGGACGGCCGUGGCGCGGGGGGACAUCGUGUCGGCCGAGAUCGCGUCGCGCGAGGCCCGGAACUUCUCCUUCAUCAGCCUGGCCGUGGGCAUCGCCGCCAUGGUGCUGUGCACCAUCCUGACUGUCGUCAUCAUCAUCGCCGCCCAGCACCACGACAACGACUGGGACCCCUAGCCCCGCCCCCAGCCCCGCCGGCCCCGCCCACCGCCUGCCCUGCCUAGCAACCGGGCCCCGCCCACUGCCUGCCAACCGGGUCCGCCUAGCACCAUGACAAUGACUGGGACCCCCUAACCCCGCCCCCAGCCCCGCCUAGCAACCGGGCCCCGCCCACUGCCUGCCAACCGGGCCCGCCCAGCACCAUGACAACGACUGGGACCCCUAACUCCGCCCCAGCCCCGCCUAGCAACCGG